ACGUUGAUGUUUACACCAAAGCCAUCUUAAGAAGAGCUGCAGACAAAAUGCUUUAGAAUAAAUAAAAUCUACAGCUUCUGUUAUGAUUUUGGACAAAAUUAUAUAAUAGCCCAGGAAAUGAAGAAGCUAUAAGCAGAAAAGCGGCUAAGCCUAAAGACUUACGUAUUCAUGUGCAUUAUUUCAUAUAACGUUACUCUGGUCUAUUUAAUAUGAGCUUGUCUAUUUAAUGAGUUUAUCCACCGUCACGUCUUCUCUCAAUGCACUGAUAUGAAAGGUGUUUGUGUGUAUUCCCAGUAAACUAUGAUUGGAGUAGGGUCUGGGUUGUACAUUGGGUGUGUGUCCGAUCUGAAGGACGCUCAGAGCCUGACAGAUGCAGGAGUAACACACAUCCUCACCGUUGACUCAGAGGAACCUGCUAUCCCUGGAUUUCACACCAAAUUUGUCCGAGCUCUGGAUGAUGCCUCCACAGAUCUCCUGAGCAGACUGGAUGAAUGUGUCAGCUUCAUAUGUGAUGCUCUCAGCACACACUCUGAAUCCAGAUCAUCAGCAGUUCUUGUGCAUUGCCAUGUAGGGCAAAGUAGAAGUGCUGCUGUGGUGACUGCUUACCUGAUGAAAACACAGCAUCUGAAUUUACAGGAUGCAUACACUAAACUCCAAAACUUAAAACCAGAUGUCAAAAUGAAUGAAGAAUUUAUGGACCAGCUGGCACUUUAUGAAUUAAUGGAUUGUAAAGUAGACACCACAAAUCCCUUUUAUAAACAGUUUAGAUUGAAGAAAAUUACAGAGAAAUAUCCAGAACUCCAGAAUAUGCCAAAAGAUGUCUUUGCUGUCGACCCUGCACAAACCCAGAAUGCAGAAGCUGUGUACAGAUGUAGAAAGUGCAGACGCACACUUUUCCGUCACUCCAGCAUUCUCAGUCACAGUGUGGGAAGUGGAGCCUCUGCGUUCGCUCAUAAGAAGACAAGGAUAGUGAGUGCUAGUGAAGAUCAGAGACAAUGCACAUCCUACUUUAUAGAGCCAGUGCAAUGGAUGGAGCCAGCCUUACUAGGUGUUAUGGAUGGACAGCUUUUGUGUCCUAAGUGCAGCUCAAAGCUGGGCUCCUUUAACUGGUAUGGUGAACAGUGUUCGUGUGGACGCUGGGUGACACCGGCCUUCCAGAUGCACAAGAACCGAGUGGAUGAAAUCAAACACAUCAGUACGCCAGCACUCAAAUGACCCGCAAAUAAAGAUCUGUAUUAUAUGCUCAGAA